AUGGCAUCAUUUUCUCUGGGAUGCAGUUGCUCCUUGUGUGCAGGCAUAUUUAAACGCCGCACGAAGGGAGAAAACGGCACCGUUACUGCUCCUCAUAACGCGGAGUCCACCGUGCCUCCUGCCCAGCCGACGUAUCCGCAGCCACCCGCGUACGCCGAUCAGUCUGCACACCCCCAAAAUCAGGCUUCUUUGCUCGCUGAUCUCCAUGCGGGGCAUGGUGAACUCCCAGCAGUUGCCGACGGGGGUCACACCAAUCUGAUGAGCAGGGGGAGUCCUGUAGACCCCAAGAAGAUCGUGCGGCAGUCCCUCAACCUCCCUCAUUUCAGUAGCAGCAAAGUUCAGGAUGUGCUAGAGUACUGGCACGUUGAGGCGGCCAUGUAUCUGUUUGACCCAUUCAAUACGCAGGAGCUGUUUAGCAGCUACUUGACUACCCUCGAGUGGGCUACGCAGCUGUUUCUCCCCGACCUGGAAGGACGCAUGCGCGAGUACACGUCUGCCCUGCUAUCCACGGUCAUGGAUGUUGACGUGUGCAGCAAGCGGCUUUUGUACCUGAGUGGUGUGCCGGUGGUCACCUCCCGAGGCUCCCCCAGCUCGGACAUCGAAAUGAGGAAGACCAAGGCCCUUCAUACCCUUGGUGUCUUUUUCAUCAUAAAGGGAAAGCUGACUCAGGUUUCCACUCUGGUUCGUGAGAGCAGCAAGCUUUUUUGCACCGAGAUCGGAAAGGAUCGCAAUUUCAGCACUCCAGUAGUGAAGAUCUUGAUGUCUUUUACGCGGCUUUCCCGCUACUCCCUCGAUGCCCUGGAGUACCUCCAAGAAUAUUAUAGCGAAUUGCGAAUGGCUAUCAUGGCUUCAUUGGUCUAUCCUCUCCUCGUUACGCGAACAUACACGCGACUCCAUAGGAGCCUUCAAACUGCCGGCCAGUACUUCUCCACGUGCGUCCACGCUAGGAAAAUCGGUGCGAGCCUUCAACAUGAUAUCGCUGAACUUCGAGGCAUGAACGUGCCUCCAUCGUGA